AUGGAACCACCUAGUUCUGGACAACCAGCAGCAGUGGAGAAAGAAAAUGUUUUGAAGAGGAAGUCAGAUGAUGUUGGAUGGGAUUAUGGGUUUCUGGUUGAUCCUACCAACAUGAACAAGGACAGCAAACCGGAAGAUAAAGAGAAGUGCAAGAAAUCACUUGAUGGGGCAGCAAGGAAGAAGAGGGAAAAGAUUGUCCGUGAGCUAAGUCUCAGAGAAGAUGUGAAUGUUUCUCGUGUUGAAGGAGGUACAGAGGAAGAAGUUACUUGUAUGGAAGCUCAGAGCCCCACAAGCUAG